AUGGAGGGACUCUUCACUUUGCUCGCUCUGAGCAUUGUGAUGGCAAUUACGUCCUUUGUUGUCGGCUCAUUACCUCUUGCCUUUACAUUGUCCCCCUCCCAGCUGCGGUUAAUAUCCUCGAUUGGCAUGGGAGUGUUGGUGGGCACAUCUUUGAUCGUUAUUAUCCCUGAGGGCAUUGAGACCCUCUACAGCGCCAGUUCUGUUAGCCGGAAAAGUCUCAGCACCCGUGCAACCAAUGUCGACUGGGCCUCGCAAGGGCUAGUCUCGACACAUAUACAGAGUGAAGGUAGCGAUGCAGCAACAUCACCAUCCAGCACAUCUGUUCCCUUCCUCUCGCUCGAUAACGAACGGAUAUUACCCCUCAUCGGUAGAGACGCAGCUGUGGAGGAAUCGCAAGUGCUGAGUGCACGGAAGGACGAAAAUUUAAGUGAGAAGCAGAAGAAGGAGAAGGAGGAGGAAGAGAGCUCGCCACAUGCCUGGAUUGGCGUCGCCCUCAUUAGCGGGUUCAUUCUGAUGUACCUCAUUGAUAAACUCCCCGAAUUCGCAUCUCCGACCAAACCUGAGCGGCAACCAUAUCAUAUCUCCCUCGACAACCUUGGGUCCGGCUUACGGCGAAACUCCUCUCCCAUGCGCAACGGCGGACUCCUUGAUGCUGGUCACUCGAGUUCCCGGCGCGGUCACAGUUUUGCCACCACAACGGGCCUGGUGAUUCACGCCGCGGCCGAUGGGAUCGCAUUGGGGGCGUCCAGCUCGGACACCGGGCUCAGCUUUAUUAUCUUCCUGGCCAUCAUGGUGCACAAGGCGCCAGCAUCCUUUGGUCUGACCUCGAUUCUGCUGAAGCAGGGACUGUCGAGCCGGACUGCGAGGGCGCAUUUGCUGGUGUUCAGUCUGGCUGCCCCCGUCGGGGCGCUGGCCACUUUUCUGUUUACGCACAUGGUAGGGUCUUCCAGCGCCGACGAGACUGGCUCUCAGUGGCGGACUGGAAUGCUCUUGCUUUUCUCCGGUGGCACCUUCUUGUAUGUGGCCAUGCACACGAUACAAGAGAAUGGACCAGGUUCGAGCUCGCGGGAGGUGCCUGUGAAUGGCUACGGUGACUCCCGCGACUCGCAGAACGGCUCGGACAAGUCGAUGCGUGACUUGAUCGCCUCCGUGCUGGGCAUGAUCCUGCCGCUCUUCUUGCAGCUCGGACAUGCCCAUUAA